UCUUUGGCUAAACUCCACUUAACUGGCACUUCGAUUCGACGUUGUCGUAAAACAUGGAAAAAUACCGCCAAACAACCUCACAGCUUCUCUAGGGGCCACGUUAUCUUGUCAUUCUACCCUCGAAAGUCGCUGUUAGAAGGUAGUUGCUGAGUUAUAACGUCCACUCGCAGAAGCAUUGUUUGUUUUGAGGACGUCGAGCGUGUUUCGCCCCCGGACCACGCAGCCCGUCCACCGAGUCGACUGACGAUGAGGAAAUCCAGGGGCGGCGGUGAAGAGGAGGCUCCCCGGCAGAACGGUGCCACUGGCCGGAGGCGAGGCAGCCAGCUGCAAAGUGACGGCGUUGACGGCGACUCCGCCAUCGGCCCCUCCGAUCUGCAGGACGACGAGAACGACAUGGGUCUCAGGAGAGAAAUACGGAGCAAGUACAGAGACCUGAUCAGCUCAGUGCAGCAGAACAGAGAAGACAUGCUGAGUCCCUCCAACAAUAAGCUCACGGAUGUCUUAGAGCACGCCAACAGGCUGUUUAAGGAUGUUCGCCAGACGAGAGAAGCUGCUCUGGAUGCACAGCUUCUGGUUGUGGCCACAGACCUGGGGAAGGAGAAGGCCAGCCAGCUGUUUGCAGAGGGCAACGCUUUCGACACCGCUACUUUUGCUGAACAUCUUCUGUCGUUCAUGGGGCUCAACCGGCUCGAAGACGAGGAGGAUGAGCAGCAGAACGAGCGUGGGGCUGACGGCUACCUGCCCCAGGAUGCUUGGCACAGACUGGCCAGGAGAACAGAGUGCUGCUUCAGGACUGCGCCUACUUUUCACUAUAUGAUGGGUUCAUUCCAUGCGGAGCCGCCUCCUCCAAAGCAAAGGAUAGAACGACAAAGGAAAGUUCCCAGUGCGGAAGCCAAAAGGAUAAUGCCAACACAGCUGAAAAAGAUGGAGGAGUCGCAUCAGGAAGCAACAGAAAAGGAGGUGGAAAGGAUCCUUGGAUACCUGAAGAGUUAUCAUCAAGACGAUCCAACUUCACCGAUAUCCUAUUAUGAGUUUGUGAUCGACCCAAAUUCAUUUUCCCGGACAGUGGAAAACAUUUUCCACACGUCUUUUCUAAUCAGGGAUGGUUUGGCUCGAAUGUAUUUAGACAGUGAUGAAUUACCUUGUAUAGCUCCAAUAGAGGAGGAGGAGGAGGUGGCAGCUGCAGAAUCAUCCAACCGUAAGCAGUGUAUCGUGUCCAUCAGCCCAAAGACAUGGAAGGAGCUCAUAGAUGUUUUCGAAAUCACAGAUACAAUGAUUCAGCCUGCGACCGCAGAGGAUGAGUGAUGGACUUACUGUACUAGCUGCUUUUGUUUGUUAUUUAAAGUCAGACAUAGAUUUUUUAAGAAGUGUUUUUUUUUUAUCUUUCAAUACACAUACACAUUGUUCCAGUUAAAUUUAGAGUUGUAAACACAGAGUUGCAUUCAAAGUUAAACAUUCAGUUUUAAUUUUUUUACGGAUUUUUAAAAGUUUGAAUAAAAAAAGACCAAUAAAGGAAAGUUUGUAUUUUCAUGUA